GGGCGUGGCGCCAUUUUGGACGGAGGCGGCGAGCGGGUCGGCGGUGGCAGGGGCUGCUGAGCUGCCAUGGGAAACACCACUAGCGAGCGAGUGUCUGGGGAGCGCCAUGGCUCCAAGUCCCACCGAUCGGAUGGCUCUGGUACCCCCCACUCUGCCAAGGAGCACCCACACAAGAUCAUGGUGGGCAGCACUGAUGACCCCAGUGUUUUCAGCUCACAUGACUCCAAGAUUCCUGGGGACAAGGAAUUUGUGUCAUGGCAGCCUGAUCUGGAGGAGUCAGUGAAACCACCCCAACAGGCUCGUCCCACUGUCAUUCGCUGGGCUGAUGGAGGCAAAGAGGUCUUCAUCUCUGGCUCUUUCAACAACUGGAGCACCAAGAUUCCGCUCAUCAAAAGCCACAACGACUUUGUCGCUAUCCUAGACCUCCCAGAAGGAGAACACCAGUACAAAUUCUUCGUGGAUGGCCAGUGGGUCCAUGACCCAUCUGAGCCCGUGGUCACCAGCCAGAUGGGGACGAUUAACAACCUGAUUCAUGUCAAGAAGUCUGACUUUGAGGUGUUCGACGCCUUGAAGGUGGAUUCUCUGGAGAGCUCAGAAACCUCAGGUCGGGACUUAUCAAGCUCACCACCUGGACCUUAUGGCCAAGAGAUGUAUGUAUAUCGGCCUGAAGAGCGCUUCAAAUCCCCACCUAUCCUCCCACCUCAUCUCCUCCAGGUCAUCCUGAACAAGGACACCAAUAUCUCGUGUGACCCGGCACUGCUGCCUGAACCCAACCAUGUCAUGCUCAAUCACCUCUAUGCACUCUCUAUUAAGGAUGGCGUGAUGGUGCUGAGUGCCACGCACCGCUACAAGAAGAAGUACGUCACCACGUUGCUCUACAAGCCCAUCUGAGCCAAGGCCUCGCCCGCCCCCACGCAGGACACCAAACGCUGCUUCAUCUGCACACACUGGGCCAUGGGACUGUGUGACAACUGGCUGCUGGCUCCAGCCUGGAACCCGGCAGAGAUGCAGGCCUCCACCGUGAGCCCAAGGAUGCUGCAGCCUGUGACGCUGUCCCACGCUACUGGUGUGGUUCAAUUUAACCCUGGUUUCUGCCCACCUACAGCUCCCCUUGGCUUCUGCGAGCCUCUGGGGCCACUCUGCUGCUCACCAGAAUAGCCUUUCCUCACGCCCAACACGGAAAGGGCUUCACCCUACCCAUCUUCUCCAGCCUGUGAGGGCCCUGAGAUGGGCCUGGCACUGCCACCAGCCCAAGCCUCCAGGAACAUCUACCUGCUGAACAUUGCUGUGCUGUCCUGGUGAUGAGCCUCCAAGGCCACAAUGAUCUCUAGGGCCUCUGGCAUGUGCCAGCUUGCCACCUGCCCCCUGUGCUGCAGCCCUGGGUUGCUGUCCUCCUUGUGCUCCCCAACCUUUGAGGAGGACUCUUAGCUUUGACUGCAGCCUCUGCCACGUUCAGCAUCAAGCCAGUGGGAGCAAGGAUACAGCUGGAGCCCACCACAUUUACCUGCUGCUGGGACGGAACCAUCAAGGACCGAGUGCCCUGUCCCUAACCUUGAGUGCUUCUGAGGGGCAUGACUGACUUCAUCCCAGCCAGAAGGACACCUGCACAUGCCCAUGCUGGAGGGGGCCUGGGGAGAGUGAAGCCAGGCAGGGACCCCAGGACCCCAGCUACCCCACUGCUGCCAGAGCAGUGCCACGUGACAGGGUUUUCUCUAUUUAUUACAGUAUUUAUUGUU